AUGGGUCACUCGAACGUUUGGAACUCACAUCCCAAGAACUUUGGCCCUGGGUCGCGUACUUGCCGUGUCUGCGGAAACCCACAUGGGUUGAUCAGGAAGUAUGCACUCAUGUGUUGCAGGCAGUGCUUUCGCAGCAAUGUAAAAGAAAUUGGCUUCAUCAAGUGUGUGAGAAAGGGAGAAGAGUUGAAGAUGUUGUACUUGCUACCACACCUUCACUUAGGGUGGGCAGUCAAUCAAGCCAUUCUCGCGGAGGAGUAA